AUGGGUCUCAUGUUCAGUCGUAUAUUCAAUCGCUUUUUUGGCAAAAAAGAAGUCAGAAUCCUCAUGGUGGGCUUGGAUGCCGCAGGCAAAACCACCAUCCUGUUCAAGUUGAAAUUGGGUGAGGUUGUCACGACAAUUCCCACAAUCGGUUUCAACGUCGAGACAGUGGAGUACAAAAAUGUCAAGUUCACCGUAUGGGACAUUGGAGGGCAAAUUAGGAUCCGCCCGCUAUGGCGCUACUACUUUCAAAAUACGCAAGGUACGCGUAACCGUUUUUUAUGAUGUUCCAGGUCUUGUAUUCGUCGUUGACAGUAAUGAUUGUGAAAGAAUAGUCGAAGUUCGUGAGGAAUUACAGGGUAUGCUAAAUGAAGAUGAGCUACGUGAUGCCGCCUUGCUGGUGUUUGCAAAUAAACAGGUAUGCAUGUUGAAACAAUAAAUGUCUUUUCCAUCACAGGAUCUGCCAAACGCAAUGCCGGCCUCUGAGAUAACAGAGCGGCUCGGUCUCUGCGCUCUUCGUGGACGUCAGUGGUACGUGCAGGCCACGUGCGCUACAUCAGGCACUGGUCUCUACGACGGCCUGGACUGGCUGAGCAACAGCCUUUCCUUCGCCAAACGAUGA